AGUGAAGCCGCGGCGCCAUGUUGGGUAAGGGAAAGCGCCGGGCAGCACGUGACCGCCGGCCCCGCUUAAAGCGCCGCGGGAUGGGGCCGCAGCGCCCGGCCCCGCCGCCAGCAGAACCCCCACUGCAGCUUACAGAGAGGGCUAGCAAAAGAAGCCGAUUGAUGAUUAACGAUGGUCUUGGCAUAACCUUCCUUUUACCUGCUGCCAUCUACUGCCCACCCCAGCGCUAACUCCUAGCAGAGAUCUAUCCUGCCUUAUACACACCGUGCUCCUUGUGUUCCCCUCCUCCAGAGAGCUCACCAUGGUCAAUGAGACCCAGCAUACCUGCAGUGCCAGCUCCAGCUCCAAGUCCGAUGGCGGCAGCAGCAGCGGGAGCGAGAGCUCCAAGGACAGCUCGCGCUGCUCCACCCCCGUGCUCGAUGCCGAGCGUCAUGAGCGACUGCGGGAGAAGAUGCGCCGCCGGCAGGACUCUGGAGACAGGUGGUUCUCCUUGGAGUUCUUCCCUCCACGCACAGCCAAUGCUGCGGUCAAUCUCAUCUCCAGGUUUGACCGCAUGGGAGCAGGUGGUCCGCUCUUCAUUGAUGUGACAUGGCAUCCUGCAGGGGACCCAGGGUCUGACAAGGAAACGUCUUCCAUGAUUAUUGCCAACACUGCAGUCAACUACUGCGGCCUGGAGACCAUCCUGCACAUGACAUGCUGCAACCAGACCAAGGAUGACAUCACAGGGCAUCUGCAGAAGGCCAAGCGGCUGGGGUUGAAGAACAUCAUGGCAUUGCGUGGAGAUCCUGCUGGUGAGGAAUGGGAGGAAGAAGUAGAUGGAUUCAACUAUGCUGUGGACUUGGUUAAGCACAUUCGCAAUGAAUUUGACGAUUAUUUUGACAUCUGUGUGGCAGGCUACCCAAAGGGCCAUCCUGAAGCAGAGAGCUAUGAAUCAGACCUGAAGCACCUCAAGGAGAAAGUUCUUGCUGGGGCAGACUUCAUCAUUACGCAGCUUUUUUUCCGCUCAGAAACCUUUAUCAAGUUCAUGAAGGACUGUCAAGCCAUUGGCAUCACCUGCCCCAUUAUUCCUGGCAUCUUCCCCAUACAGGGUUACCACUCCCUGCGCCAGCUGGUGAAGCUCUCCAAGCUGGAAGUGCCUCAAGAAAUCAAAGAUGUGAUCGAACCCAUCAAGGAUAACGAUGCGGCUAUCCGGAACUAUGGGGUAGAGCUGGCAGUGUCCAUGUGCCGGGAGCUGCUGGACAGUGGCAUGGUGCAUGGGCUCCAUUUUUACACCCUCAAUCGGGAAGUGGCUACUACUGAAGUCCUUAAGCGUCUCGGCCUUUGGAAGGAGGACCCCAGGCGGCCUCUGCCCUGGGCAGUCAGCGCUCACCCCAAGAGAAGAGUUGAGGAUGUUCGGCCAAUCUUCUGGGCCUCCAGGCCAAAGAGCUACAUCUAUCGAACUCAAGAAUGGGAUGAUUUCCCUAACGGCCGAUGGGGUAAUUCCUCCUCUCCAGCCUUUGGGGAGCUGAAGGACUAUUAUCUCUUCUACCUGAAGAGCAAGUCUCCCCGGGAGGAGCUUCUGAAGAUGUGGGGAGAAGAACUGACGUGUGAGGAAAGCGUUUUUGAGGUUUUCACGUGUUACAUCAGUGGAGAGCCCAACAAGAAUGGACACAAGGUUACAUGUAUGCCUUGGAAUGAUGACCCUCUUGCUACUGAAACCAACCUUCUGAAGGAGCAGCUGGAGAAGGUGAACAGACGAGGAAUUCUGACCAUCAACUCUCAGCCAAACAUCAAUGGGAAACCAUCCACUGAUCCCAUUGUAGGCUGGGGACCUAGCGGAGGUUAUGUCUUCCAAAAGGCCUACCUAGAGUUCUUCACCUCCAAUGAGAUUGUCACGGCACUGCUCAAAGUUCUGAAGAAAUACGAGUCGCGGGUCAACUACCACAUUGUCAAUGUCAAGGGCCAGAAUAUCACCAAUGCUCCUGAUCUACAACCCAAUGCUGUCACCUGGGGCAUCUUCCCAGGCAGAGAGAUCAUCCAGCCGACUGUAGUGGAUCCUGUAAGCUUCCUCUCCUGGAAGGAUGAGGCCUUUGCUCUGUGGAUUGAGCAGUGGGCCAAGCUCUACGAAGAGGAGUCACCCUCUCGCAUGAUCAUCCAGUACAUCCAUGACAACUAUUACUUGGUCAACCUGGUGGACAAUGACUUCCCACUUGAGAACUGCCUCUGGCAGGUUGUGGAUGAUACUUUUGAGCUCUUGAACUCUCCAACUCAGCAGUGAAAAUCGUAAUACCUACCUUAUUUCUUCCAUCCAUUCACUGACUGCAGGGAGCCAAACAGCAGCUCCUGUUAGGAUGGUGGACCAUGCACUCCUAAACCCAGUGAGCACCUCUGCUCAGAGCCAGGCAAGCUUGCAGAUAUAUACCCACACUACAUGUUCUUCUAUCCCCAACACAAAUAUUCCUUGACCUCCUCUCACUGAACAGCAGCCAGAACCCUCUGAACUUAUGAGGUGAGGAUCCAGCCUGAGCUUGAAGGCUAGUUCUGCAGGAUGGAAAGGUGCUAAUCACAGCUAUGUUGAUUAUAGCAUAGGAGAACUCCAGUGCACCAAUGUGGCAAAACUUAGUGGGUUUCUGGUUAACAUUUUCAUCCCAGAUACACUGCCUUGGGGGCAGAAACACUCCUGUCAGCAGUGCCUAUGCAAGGAAAAUAUUUCAGUGGUUACCAGCCCUUCAAAGAAGCCCAAGCUGCUUUUAUAUUACACUCCGAAGAUAUACUGCAUCAUAACUGACAAUAUCUCUUUUGUGCUCACUCCAGAAAAACGGUUCAAAUUUUCCCACUUUUCUACUUGCCUCUACUACAGUUCCUGUUUUUUAAUAGGAAUAUAUGAAUUUCAAUUCUGGAUGAGACCAAAUAGGAAUCACAUUAUUUCAAGUGUAAUAAACUACAUGAAUACAACUGUCUCUUGCACUAGACUAGAUUCUUGUAA